AUGAGCUCUCCAACAAACCUCCUCACCCUGCACUACCAAGCGGGCCAUGACCAGCCAGCGGCCCGAAACGUUGAAAACUUCAUCGACAAUCAACUUGUCGCAUCCAAGACGAGUACCUGGAUCGAUGUCCAUGACCCAGCAACCAACAAUGUAGUGUGUCGAGUCCCUGAAACAACCACCGACGAGCUGAAAGCCGCCGUCCUCUCGGCGCAGAAGGCCUUCCCGGCAUGGAGCGACACUAGCAUCAUGAAGCGACAACAGCUCAUUUUCAAGCUCACCAACCUGAUCCGCGAGAACACCGAGGCCCUGGCCUUGUCCAUCGUGACGGAGCAGGGCAAAACUCUAGGGGAUGCGAGAGGCGACGUGCUGCGCGGGCUCCAAGUGUGUGAGACGGCGUGCGGAAUCACCACCCAGCUGACGGGCGAAGUGCUCGAAGUGGCCAAGGACAUGGAGACACGAUCGUACCGUCUGCCUCUCGGCGUCGUGGCCGCCAUCUGCCCGUUCAACUUCCCGGCCAUGAUUCCGUUAUGGAGUCUGCCGAUCGCUAUCGUGACGGGCAACUGUAUGAUUCUGAAGCCGACCGAGCGGGCACCGGGCGCGGCGAUGAUUAUCGCCGAGCUAUGCAAAGCAGCUGGCUUCCCACCCGGCGUUGUCAAUGUGGUCCACGGAUCUAAAGCCUCGGUGGAAUUCCUUCUCGACGCACCGGAGAUCCAGGCGAUUUCCUUCGUGGGCUCCAAUCGAGCCGGCGAGUAUAUCUACAACCGGGCCACUGCGAAUGGCAAACGUGUGCAAGCAAAUCUCGGGGCCAAAAACCACGCCGCUCUGCUGCCAGAUAGUAUUAAGGGCUCGGCCCUGAAUGCGAUUGCCGGGGCAGCCUUUGGAGCGGCGGGCCAGAGAUGCAUGGCCCUCAGCGUCCUGGUGACAAUCGGCUCGGCGCGGGAGUGGCUUCCAGAACUCGUACAGAAGGCAUCUGAAUAUCAGGCAGGAAGCGGGUUUAGCGAAAGCUCUGACUUUGGACCGUUGAUAAAUCCACAGAGCAGGGAUCGAUGUGUGGAUUUGAUCUCGAGCGCAGAACGCGAAGGCGCGACGAUUGCUUUGGAUGGCAGGCACAAGAAGCCAGCAGGAUUCCCCAACGGAAACUGGGUCGGACCUACCAUCAUCACCGGCGUGAAGCCCAACAUGCAAUGCUACCGGGAAGAAAUCUUCGGCCCAGUACUAGUCUGCCUAGAAGUCGACACUAUCAACGACGCAAUCGAUUUGAUCAAUGCCAAUGAAUGGGGCAACGGAGCAGUUCUUUUCACUCAGUCUGGAUCCAGCGCAUCCUGUUUCCAGAAGCGUAUCCAAGCUGGGCAGGUUGGCAUCAACGUACCCAUUCCCGUUCCUUUGCCAAUGUUUUCCUUCACCGGCAACAAGCGGAGCGUAGGAGGAACAGGACUGUUGAAUUUCUAUGGCAAGGAUGGUCUGAGGUUCUACACUCAGUGGAAAACAGUCACCUCAUUAUGGAAAUCGGAAGAUGCAACUGAGCUGCAGAAGCAAACGGCGAUGCCCACUUCGAUGCACUGA